CCAGAGCUGUAGGGGUUAGAAAAUGGCUCUCUGGAAUCUUUAUGCUGUGAUUCUAGCAUUUGAAAUUCUAGGGUCAGCUAAAUGUUCUAUGGUUAAACUUAAUAAUGGGGGAUACGAAGAUAUUGUCAUUGCAAUUAAUCCUGGAGUUCCAGAAGAUCCCAAAAUUAUUGAAAACAUUCAGAACAUGCUGAAGGAAGCUACAACCUACUUAUUUCAAGCUACAAAGAAAAGGCUCUUCAUUCGGAAUGUGAAAAUUUUAAUUCCUUUGACAUGGUCUUCCGAUCCUAACUACAUAAAACCUAAAACAGAGACAUACGAUAAGGCAGAUGCGAUCAUUACCAUACCGCACCUAAAAUAUGGAGAUGAUCCAUACACCUUGCAAUAUGGUGGCUGUGGAGAGGCUGGCAAAUAUAUUCAUUUUACACCAAACUUUAUGGUGGAUGACAAGUUAUUAUCAGCUUAUGGCUCCAGAGGUAGAGUUUUUGUCCAUGAAUGGGCGCAUUUUCGAUGGGGAGUUUUUGAUGAAUAUGACCAGGAAAAUCCAUUUUAUAUAACUGGCCUUAAUGUAGAAGCAACAAGGUGUUCACUCGAUAUCACUGGGUCAAACAGAAAUCAAGACACUGGUGGAAAUUGUAACUUUGAUGUUACCACAGGACUUUAUGAGGAAGGUUGUGUGUUUUUGCCAAAUCAAAAGCAAUUUGCCAUGGAAUCUAUAAUGUACAUGCAAUCACUAUCCUCUGUAACAGAAUUCUGUGAUGCGAGUAACCAUAAUAUUGAAGCCCCAUCACUUCAGAACCGAAUAUGUAAUUCUCGCAGCACUUGGGAUGUCAUCAGCAACUCUGCUGACAUAAAAUCUACUGUUCCAGGGACCAUCACCAACAUUCCAGAACCUACAUUCACUCUUCUUCAAUACAAGGAGAGAGUGGUCACCUUAGUCCUUGAUGUUUCAGGAAGCAUGGCUCAGAAUAACCGUAUAGGUCGUCUGUACCAGGCAGCAGAAGUAUUUAUCAUCCAGAUCAUUGAAUAUGACUCCUUUGUUGGAAUUGUCCAGUUUUCUGGUUCAGCAUCUGUUACAUCCCAAUUAGUACAAAUAUACAAUGAUGCACAGCGUACAAAGCUGAAAGCUCUUCUGCCUGAAACUGCAAAUGGUGGAACACACAUUUGUUCCGGAAUUCUGGCAGGCAUUGAGGUAAACAAAAAGCUUGAUGGGUCUUCAUAUGGUACUGAAAUUAUAUUGCUGUCUGAUGGAGAAGACAAUUAUGAUACAAAACUUUGUUUUCCAAAUAUAUUAAGCAGUGGGGUAAUCAUUCAUACAAUAGCUCUAGGGCCAAAUGCAGCCAAGGAACUUGAAGACAUUGCACACAUGACUGGAGGAUUAACUUUUUCAGCAUCAGAUAAAGUGGACGCUAAUGCACUGAUUGAUGCUUUCAGUGGAAUUUCUGCAGGAAAUGGAGAUAUUACAAAAGAGGCUAUUCAGCUUGAAAGUAAUGGUUUAACUCUUAAACCAAGCGAGUGCUUGAGCAGCACUGUGUUCAUUGACCACACCGUGGGCAAUUCAACUUUCUUCCUAGUAACAUGGCAAACAGCAGUUCCAUCAAUCACUUUAGAAGAUCCAAAGGGAACAAUAUACACUCAAGCAAACUUUGUUUCUGACACGGUUGCCAAAUCAUCAAGGCGUGAAAUCUCAGGAACAGCCGAGAGAGGAGCCUGGAAUUAUAAAUUGUGCAAUACACUUACAGCAAAUCAAGCCAUUGGUAUAAUGGUUAGCUCUACUGCAGCUGAUAAGAAUGUGCCUCCAAUAACUGUAACCGCCCACAUGAAUACAGAUACUAACGUUUAUCCCAACCCAAUGGUCAUCUAUGCUUUAGUAAGCCAAGGACACUUGCCAAUAAUAGGAGUGAAUAUUACAGCAAUUAUUGAACCUCAGAUUGGAAGUGCUGAAAUUGUACAGCUUUUUGAUAAUGGAGCAGGUCCUGAUAUUGCUUUAAACGAUGGUGUCUACUCAAGUUACUUCUUUUCUUUCAAAUCAAAUGGAAGACAUAGUUUGAAAGUGAGAGUUGAAAACACUGGGAAUAAAGCUCGGCUGUCACUGCCUAAAAAUCGGGCUCUGUAUGUACCUGGAUAUAUAGAAAAUGGUGAAAUUGUCAUGAACCCUAUAAAACCUUCGAUUAGUGAAGAUGACCUUCUCGUUGACUUUGGGCCAUUUAGUAGAACAGCUUCAGGUGGCUCUUUCGUACUGUCAAAUGUCCCCUCUGGUGUCCAACCUGACAUCUAUAAGCCUGAGAAAAUAACUGAUUUAAAAGCAAAGAUCGAAGGAAACACUUUUGUGUUGACAUGGACAGCCACUGGAGAUGAUCUGGAUCAAGGAACAGCCGCAGCAUACGACUUGAGAAUGAACACAUUUCCCAAGGAACUUAGAGACAACUUUGAGAAUUGCAAGGCUGUAAACAUCACUCAUCUCAAACCACAGCCAUCUGGAUCCAUUGAGACAUUUGCAUUUGUACCAGAACAUAUUACUAUAGAAAAUGGCACUAUACUUUAUUUUUCUUUAAUUGCAAUUGAUAAGGUUUCCCAAAGAUCGGACCCAUCUAAUAUAGCACAGGCAGCUCUCUUCAUUCCUCCUACCCCUCCCCCUACUACUACACCAGCUCCAACCACUACAACUCAAACCCCAACUCCUUCAACUGAUUGUAAGCAGGAUAUUAAUAUAACUCAUAUACUGCUGAUUAUUUGCACAACUGCUAUCAUUCUAUGUCUUAUUAUAUGCAUUACUGCAUGUGUAGUAAGCUGCCAGAGAAAUAGCAGAAGGUCAGCAUCAAGAAUGUAAACAUUUUGGAUAAAAAAAUUAACCAUAUUAAACUAUCAAUCAAAUGAUUGUCUUUGUGUUGUAAAAUAAAAUGGAUAUAAAUGUUAUGACGUCAUUAAAGGGUGAACAAAUUAAUUAAUUGAUUUUCACA